AAGGGAAGCGGGGAAGGAAGUUAUUCGCAACCUUUAAGCUGGGAGCCUGCAACUUUUUUUUCCCAAGAACUUCAGCUAGUUCCGUUAAAAGCAAAAACAAAAAAACGGGAGAACCAAUAUCGAGACUUAAUUUUCUUCGCCACCUUUUCCUAAUUUUAUGCAAACCUUAAGAGGAGAGGCAGCUUUUUCCCCCCCGGUCCGAGACGAAUUACAAAAGCAAGGGCGAUGCGAUGCGAGUGAGCUAUGCCUUGUGGAAAUGGACAGACUGUAUCCAAGCGAGAACAUGGCGUCUGUUUCUCCAAGUUUGGACUCGCCUGCAGCCUGCUGUGUGCGCUGUGCAGCAUCGGAACCGCGGGGCUCUCCGGCGGCGGCCCGGGCUGCAGCCCCUGUCCCACCAACUGUACGUGUCCGCUCCUGGGACCCCCGGACUCCUGCCUGGUUAAUUGUUCCAGCAUCGGACUGGACAGGGUACCCGAAGCAGCGGACCUCCCGCCUGGAACAAAAACCCUGGAUCUGUCCAAAAACCGCAUUUCCUCACUAGAUGCCAAUCUCUUUGAUCGCCUGACUUCCUUGGAGGAGCUGUAUCUUCAAGGUAACCGUAUAACUGUUCUUCCUCGCGGAAUCUUCGGAUGUGGGACGUUAUCCAUUCUAGAUCUAAGCUCCAACCAGAUUUCUACAUUAGAAGAAAGAAUAUGCAAUAAUUUAUUUAAUUUAACAGAAAUUAACCUGAGCGCCAACCCACUGGACUGCAGCUGCAAGCUGGUGAGACUGGUGACCCGGCUCCAGGAACAAGGCGUGCGGGUGAGGCGGUCCGAGUUCACGCGUUGCGAGCGCCCCCCAGAGGUGCGUGGUAGGCCGGUCCUCAACAUCAGCCUGCAGACCUGCGGCCUGAACUAUGCUGCCUGCCUCCCGAACAUCUACACGGGCGUCGGCGAGCUGGUGAUCUUCACCAGGUCCACGCCGGGGAACUUCACACGAGAGAGCUGCAAUGCGCUGUGCUUUGAGUCGGGCCAGCGCUACGGCGGCCUGGGGGCACAGCACGAGUGCCUGUGCAGCACAAACUCGGAGGCGAACCACAUCAGCGAGUCACAGUGCUCGGCAGCCUGCACUGACUCACUUGUCAUGCAGGAGUGCGGCUGGACCGUGGCGCUCGAUGUCUUCCCCGUCAACUUCUCGGCCAGCCUCUGCCAGCCGCCCCGCUUCUCUGUGCACAGCGAGGCCAGCCUGUCCGUCAUCUCCACCGUGCACCUUGGCGCCCUCUCCUGGGACUUCGGGGACCAGACGCCCUGGAUCAACAACACCGAGCCAUCUGCCAAGCACAAGUAUGCCCUCCCUGGGAGCUACAUCGCCCGCGCCAUGCUCAGGUCUGGCAACAAGGAGGAGACAGUCAGUGCCAAGCUGCGAGUUGCCCUGCCCCCCCGGCUGGAGCUCCGCUGCCCAGAAUUCCUAGUGGCUAACCAUAGCCUAGACAUCCAGCUGGUCAACUGGGGAGGCCUGGGCGUGGUGGUGGACUGGAGGAUCUUGAAGGAUGGCAACGAAGUAGCCAAAGUUGCACCGCACUGCCCAGAAGAUGGGCUGCUACACGGUGACCCUCCACACUGCUACCAGCUGCUGCCCGAAGAGUCCAGCUGGUCCUCGGCCCGGAACCAGUGCACUGCACGCAAGGGUGACCUGGCGGUGGUGCAGACAGAGUCACUGCGCAGCAGACUGGCGCUCUACGUCACGCAGGAGCGCGGUGUCUGGCUGGGACUGAGUGACAUCGACAUCCCUGGAUCGCUCCGUUGGGUCAGUGGUGCCAACGCCCUGCUGGCAGAGGGCGGAACACGCACCCGCGCCCUGCUGGUGCCUGGAAACGUGUGUGUGUCGCUGAACUCCAGCGGCCAGGUCAGCUCGCACCCCUGCAGCGCCACGAGGGCCUUUGUCUGCGAGUUCAAACCGGAAGUAACCGUGCCAAACGCCAGCAUCCUCAUCGCCGGUACCGUGGUGUUCCACACUCAUCAGUCCCUCUCCAGCAAGCUUGUGGCAUCCCCUGCGCUGGAGACUCCGUCCAGGGGUGUGGAGCUGCUGCUGUUUCCCGCGAUGGCCUUCCUGCAAAACGGCCGCCUGUCCUCGCUGGAGUUUAUCACGCAGGAUCUCAGCGGGGACACGCAGGUGCGGCUCCAGGUGUACAGGCCGGACUGCGAGGGCCUGCACCUCCUGCAGCCGGGGUGUGGGGAGCUGUGUGCCCCCAUUGCUGUCUGCCAGGCCCAGGAGCUGAAUGACGUUUUCCAAGAGACCUGCCUACCUUUGCAGCAGUGGUGUGGCUUCAAGAGCCACUGCCUGCCCCUCAGCAGCCCCUGCACCCCGAGCUCCUGCCCCAACUGCUCCAGUGCCAACGCCCUUCCUCUGGAGGCCACCCUGCCCAAGUACAACCUGGUCCAUGACUAUACCUUUACUCUGGAGGCUGGAGAAGCCAGACACCAGCUGGUACAGGAGCAGGUUGCAGACUUAGAGGUCUCUUGGGGUGACUUCAUUGCCCUACAGCACAACUCUGGUCCCGGGGGUCUUCUUCAGUGCAGCACAAACCACUCGUCCCCAUGGAGACAGAGCUUUUUAGCACUCAACCACUCCAACUGGUUCAACGACACCAUAAACAUCACCGAAGAUGCGACCUGGAUUGAGGAGGCGAUGUGUCCAAUCAGGGUGCUAUACACUGGGAUGGUGGACGAACAUAUCCCAGGCCAGCUCCUCCAGAGAGGUCUGCCUGAUCCCGGCGUUUACAGCUUUGAGGUCACAUCCAAUGACCCCGACUUUCCCAGCCAGGCAUCAUGCAACAUCAGCGUGGUGCCCCCCAUGGCACUUACCGUGGUCUACCCGCCAAGCCAGAACGGCACCAUCUACUUCCCCAUCAACCAGACCUUUCUGCUGGCCAGAAUCCGCUCCUGGCAUGAGGCCCUGGCCAGCUGGCAGGGGGGCAACCAGAAUUUCUCAUUCCUUCCUCAUUGUCCCCCUGAACUGGAGUCUGUCGUGGAGGAGUGCCAGUCAAACCCUCAUAACGAUACGCUCUUUGCCUACCUGGAGAUACCGUUGGGUGACUCUCCCCCCCCAGUGCUGGUUCUCAUAGCACGCAGCAAGGUGACCUCCGCUAACGUAACGGUUAGCGUGAAGGUGGAAGUGCCCCUCAGGGGCCUGAAGAUCGUGCCCCACCCCAACCGAAGGGUGUUAAUGAACACCUUAGUGAGUUACAUGGCAACGGUGGAAGAAGGAUCAGACCCAACCUUCAAGUGGACAGUAGAUGACAAGCCUCACUUUACAUACUACAACACGGUGCUCAACAUCAUUUACCAGAACGAUGCUGUCUACAAACUAUCAGUGACAGCACAGAACCAUGUGAGCAACCUGACAGAGCACUACAACGUGACAGUGGACCAGAUGAAGCCCAUGGGCGAGCUGACCGUGGAAGGUGUCCCAUCCAUUGUCACUCAGGGUUCGAACCAGACCUUCUCUGUAUCCAUCACCAUGGAUAUUUCUGUGGAGGCCACAAUAUGGUGGACCUUUGGGGAUGGAGAUUACAGGGUGUACCAGUACAAACCUCCCUAUGAGAACUCUAUUUUAUUCCCUGAUGACUCCACCAAUCUGAUCACCUUGAAGAAGAAUGUCACCUACAUUUAUUCACAGCCAGGCGAAUACACUCUCAUCGUGUCCGUGUUCAACCAGUAUCAAAACAAGAGCCAAAAGAUAGAUGUGUUUGUCUACAGUAUACUGACUAAAGUGGAGAUCAUGACCGACUCCAGACCGUUGCUAACAGGAAGUCCCAUGAUUUUUGAGGCUCAUCCCCUGCCUUCAGCUUAUGGUAUCAUCUACACCUGGGAUUUUGGGGAUGGUUCCCAACUUUUGCAAGGGCGAGAGCGGCGUGUCCAGCACACUUUUUCCCAUUGGGGUAUCUACAACAUUUCCGUGUCCAUCAACAACACCAUCAGCCACCUGGCAAACUACACAGAGGUGCUGGUGUCAGAGGAAAUCCGAGGACUUACGGCCUCCUCAUCGGCUCCCACAGAGUUCAACACACCCACGGUGAUCGAUGCUUGCGUGGAAACUGGUAACAACAUCACCUGGAUCUUUGACAUGGGUGACGGGAAAGUGAUAAGUAGCCAAGAAUCACAGGUGGAACACAUCUACAAGAAGGAUGGCUUCUAUACAGUAAACAUCACAUCCACCAAUGCAGUGAGCAUCCAGUCAGUCAUUCUGCAGGUUCAGGUGUUUGUCCUACAGGUGGUUUGGCUAGAUCCCUCAGGCUGUAUCCAGGAGGUCACCAAUAUAAGCUUCAAUGCAUUUGUGUCAGGAAACUUCUCUAUCUACACAUACGAGUGGAGCUUUGGGGACGGCACACCCAACUUCACAGUCCAUGGAAGCCCCAGAGUAACACACAUGUUCUCUACAAGUGGAAACUACCACCUCUCACUGCUGCUGUCCAGUAAAGUGAACAAGGCUAACUUUUUUGCCUGGGUCUGUGUACAGCCUGUGGUCACCAAUGUCUCACUUGUUCCCGGUAGCAAGUACACUAGACUAGGUGAAGAAAGCACCUUUGUUGUCAGUGCCUUCCCCGAAUUUGAGUACACCUACCUUUGGGACUUUGGUAUUAAUGAAUCUUCAGUCCGAGGAGAAAAGAUGAUGGCAUUCACUUACAAGAACCCAGGUCAGUAUCUGGUGAUGGUCACUGUGCUCAACAAUAUAUCCUGUAGCAACAACACAGCCUUGAUUGAGGUGCAGGAUGCUGUUGGCUUGGUGGUGAUACAGCAUAACGGUACCAAGUUCAACAACCUAACACUGCACCAGGCCUAUAUGUUUACUGCUUCUUCCGGGUCCUCAAAGGUCCAUUACACCUGGGACUUUGGCGAUGGCAAUGUCUUGAGUGGAAAUAACAUCACGCACAUAUACAACUGCUCCGGCUACUUUAACAUCAGCCUGAUAGGGAAUAAUGAAGUGAGUGGGAACAGCACUGAAAUCACAGUGGCAGUCAUCGCGCCCAUUCAAGGCCUGACUAUCAACGCCAGCCUGACCAAAGUACCGCUCAACACCUCCGUUGACUUUGAGGCUCACUUGGAGCAAGGAGAUGAUGUGCGCUACUCCUGGAUCCUCUGUGACCGCUGUACACCCAUCCUCAGCUCCCAUUAUCACACCCAUUAUACCUUCAAGUCCGUUGGCACAUUUAAUGUCAUCGUGACAGCCGAAAACAAGAUCAGCUCCAUGCAAGCCAGCAUUUUCAUUUUUGUGCAGAGGGAGGUUGAAGGGCUGCAAAUUGUAUCUGAGGACCUUGGAGAUAGUUGCUGCUUUGCUACCAAUAAAGUCCUUCACUUGCAAGCUACCGUCCGAGAGGGAACUAACAUAUCCUUUAGCUGGGACCUCUUGAAAGAUCAGGAGGCUCAGCAGAAUCUCAGUGGAAGAGCCAUUAAUGUGAGCUUCUCUCGACCAGGGCCCUGCAAUGUCUUCCUCAAUGCCAGAAAUCUUCUUGGCCAGAUCAGCGUUAACAGGACUAUUGAGUUCCUGGACAUAGUUGGCUCACUGUCCUUAUCUGUCAAACCUAAUCCAGUGGCAUUGAACAACUCUACCAGUAUGACAGUAUCUGUGACUAGUGGUUCCAACCUGAGGUACUUGUGGCAUGUAGAUAACCUCACUAUAAACAGAAGUGUUCCAUUCCUUGAUCACCAGUUUGAUAACCCUGGUCUGAAGCUGGUACAAGUGGAAGUUUCAAAUGAUGUUAGCUUGCAGAACGUCUCAGUAUGGAUUACAGUGCAGGAACCUGUAUCAGGGGUCACAUUUUUAGCCACUGAUGUAACGGAACAGAACUUUGUCAUGUCUGGAACAACGGUUUCAUUUCAGGGAGUUUGCCAAACAGGUACCAACGUCUCAUGGACAUGGUACUUUCCUGAAAGUACAGAAAUGGAGCAGAAUGUGACCCAUAAUUUCUCUACCAUUGGAGUUUUCAGAAUCACUUUAAAUGCAGCAAACAAUGUCAGCGCCGAAGCUGUUAGCAGAGAUUUCACUGUUCAGGACAAAAUUAAGGGCCUGGAGCUGAAGGUUAGCAAGGGCUCUGUGGCUCCGAGGGAAAGCGUGGAAUUCAAAAUUUCCAUCACUUCUGGGACCUCAGUCAGCUUUGUGUUGAGUAUCAGUGGCGACUCCACGGUGGUACUCACCAACCACACGUACGUCCAUCAGUUCACACGAGUGGACGACUACGUGGUCAAUCUGACAGCUCAUAACCAGAUUAGCUCUGAGAGAGUGAGCACCGUGGUCAAUGUCAUGGAACCCAUCAGCCGUCUAACUAUGGUCAACUGCUGUGAGGCAGCCAUCCCUGUGGGCAUUCCGAAACAUUUCAGUGCAGAGAUACAGACAGGAGACCGCGUUACCAUCCUCUGGACGUUUGACCUUCACCAUGGGACUAAGCAAGCCGUCAUAGGGCCUGACGUGACCUAUACUCCGAAUGAAAGUGGACUCCUCACUAUUUAUCUUUGUGCAGUCAAUUCUCUGGGGUCCCACAAUGUGACCAAAGACAUACAAGUCCAGAACAUCCUGACCUCGGUCCGCCUUGAAGCCCAACCCCAGAAUACCUUCAUAAACAAGUCAGUGUCUUUCCGGGCAUCAGUGUACCCCCAGUUCACUCCAGCCACCUUCCAGUGGAAUUUCGGGGACGGUACAGCACUGCAGACCUCCAACUCAUUAUCCAUCACCCAUUUAUUCUCAAUGCCAGGAACUUAUGUAGUCCAUGCAAACGCCAGCAACCUUUUGAGUUGGGUCAUGGGCCAGGUCACUGUAGCUAUUCAGGUCCUGAUGUGUGAGGAGCCAACAGUGCAGCUUAGCCAUGCCCAACGGCUGGUAAUCCGCCGCUCACAGCCCAACUUGUUGGAGGCCAGUGUGGAUCUGAAGGGCUGCGUUCGAUACCGCAUGGAGUACCUGUGGGAGAUAUUCAGCACUCCAGCAUGUGUCAAUCCCCCAAAGCAUGCCAAGAUUCUGCUCCCUGCUGAGGUGGAUGUUACAAAGCUGCAGCUGUCCAUCCCGAAGAUGGCGCUGCAGCCAGGCAACUAUAGCACUGUUUUUUCCUUGUCGUACCUCGGCAUCCCGCUUCGCAAGACCGUCUGCCUCCAGCUGAGCGUGGUGGCUGGAAAGCUCGUACCCAUUAUAGAAGGCGGCAACUUCAGAGUCUGGUCCAAGACCCAGGAUUUACAGCUAAGUGCAGAGCAGUCCUAUGACCCUAAUCUGGAGCCCGAAAACCAGUCCCUUCUGACCUACCUGUGGGAGUGUCUUAAAACCUCCAAGGGUCCUGGGCACUGCUCCAGCCUGAACUUUGGCCUGGGCUCCAACGGGCCUGUUCUGGGCAUCCCAGGCAGCGAGCUAGAGGCCAACGUCACUUACACCUUCCGCCUCACCAUCAGCAAGGAGGGCAUGAGUCCCGAAUCCACCAAUCAGACGGUGCUGGUGCACAGUGGCCGAAUCCCCAUGGUGUCCCUGGACUGCGUCUCCUGCAAGGCUAAGUCUAUGUAUGAGGUCAGCCAGAGCUCUUACGUCUACCUGGCCGGCACGUGCAGUAACUGCGAGGCGUCGCACCGCGGGUACUGGACAGUGAAGACUUUGAAGAAUGAGAGCCUGGUCCUGAACAUGAGCACCACCUCCACGGGCAGCGACGGCAUGAACCUGGUGCUCCGUCAGGGUGCCCUGCGCGACGGCAUCUCCUACAUCUUCAGCCUGCACGUCAGCGACGCGGCCAUGGACGGUGAGGGCGUGGCGUCCAUCGUGCUGCGACCCAACCUGCCCCCUGCAGGCGGCUCCUGUUCCCUGCAGCCUGAUGUGCCUCGUCUCCAGAGCCUCGUCGAUAAGCUGCACUUCACCUGCACGGGCUACACAGACUCGGACGACAGUGACGCACCAUUGCUAUACAGCCUGUUGGUGACACGGUGCUCCUUUCUGGAUUGUGAGGACUUCUGCGUGUACAAGGGCACCAGCAGCGAGCAUGCCAGCUACCUGCCUCCGGGGUUCCAUGCCAGCAACUACAGGGUGAAUGUGUCACUGGUGGUGGAGGACGACCAAGGGGCAGCGAUCAUGGCACUCAACCAGACCCUGGAGGUGGUGCUUCCCGACGUUCCCACGGGCUACGACAGCCUUGCCCAGUGGCUACAUCAUCUGAGCAGCACCACACUGUGGGACCUUCUCAGACAGGGGGACCCUCAGCGAGUCCGAGAGCUCUGUCUGGCCCUCAUCACAGUGCUUAAUGAGUACGAGACCAGGUCUGGCAUGGAGGUGACCAAGGCAGAGAGGCUGUAUCGCGUAGCCGUGCGCAGCAACAUCACCCGUGCCCUCACCUCCCUGGACCUCAACACGGUCAAUGACAUUCAGCAGACCUCGGCUGCCCUGGCACAGUGCACGGCGGUGAGCCGAGAGUUUAUCUGUGAAGAGUGUCAGAACAGCACACUGAACAAGCUGGAGUCCAUGCUGGAGAUACUGCAGAGUGACACCAAGCAGGGCACGGUCACCCCCACUGAGAUCGCCGACAACAUCCUCAACAUCAUGGGUGGGUUAAUCCACCUGGUUAGCCAGGCCCCGCCCCCAAUGCCCGAGUCGGAGGAUCGGCUUCCGAUGCUAAGUGAUCACUACCCGCUGCGCGUGGCGGCACGGGCCUACAACCUGUCCUCGGAGCUGAUGCGCAUCCUCAUGCACUCACGGGUGCUGAACGAGGAGCCGCUGGUGCUGCGAGGAACUGAGAUCUAUGCUGCCGGCAAACGGGCCGACCCAAAGAGCCUGCUGUGCUACAACCAGAGCGUGGUGUGCCCGUUCUCCAUCCCGCACGCCUUCGCCUUCACCCUGGGGGGGCAGGCCCGCGUCAUCCAGCUCCUCGUCCAAGUCAAAUCCAACCCCUUCCCUUUCAACUUCGUCAGCAACUACAGUGUUUCCACCAAGGUGGCCUCCAUGGAGUUUCAGACAGAGAACGGCACACACAUCCCCAUUGUCAGCCUGGACCAAGGCCAGGCCAUCACUGUUACCGUAGCCAACAGUAGCGAUGACCCCACGCCCAAGAAGCUAAUGACAGUAGCCACCAACAUCAGUGCAUGCGACUCCAUCAUCGCCUGGGUCAGAACUAACAACACCAACAACCAGGCGGGCUUGCACAUCCAGAUCUUCUUCAGUCCUCUGGACGGUGGAGAUGAUUUCACUGGGGAGAACCUGACCAUUAUGGCCUAUCUGCACAGCCAUCCCCGGCCCAAUGAACACAACUGCUCCCAGCACAAGACCAUCUCCCUGAACAUGUUCAUGGAGACAGAUCACCAGCCCUACACCUUUUUUCUGUCUCCACACUUGUACGACACCACGCAAGACUAUUAUGUGAACGUGACGACAGGGUGUGGAGCCGAGGCGGGCGGGGUGCUCCUGGAGGUCGCCGUCUUCUCCUCGCUCUGCCAGUACUUCAGCGAGAGUGAGAAGGUGUGGCGCACGGACGGCAUGCUGCCGCUGGCUGAGACCACCGCCGACCACGCUGUCUGUAGCACCAGCCACCUCACUUCCUUCGCUGCCAGCUUGUUUGCCCCACAAGAUGCAGUGACAUUCAUCCUGCCGGACCCCCCAGGGAAGCCUAACAUGGUGGUGCUGCUCACGUGCCUGGUGGGGCUGCUCUGCUACUCGGUUGCGGCCGUCAUCCUGCACAGACUGGACCAGCUGGACCUGCGACGGGCAGCCGUGGUGCCGCUCUGUGGAAAGGAGGGCCUGUUCAAGUAUGAGGUGCAGGUGAAGACUGGCUGGGGCCAUGGAGCAGGCACCACUGCCCACGUGGGUAUCAGUCUUUACGGACGUGAGGGCCGCAGUGGCCACCGACACCUGGACUGCAGCGGCGCUUUCACCCGUAACAGCCUGGACAUUUUCCAAAUAUCUACCGACUCCAGCCUCGGCAACCUGUGGAAGAUCCGCAUCUGGCAUGACAACAAAGGCCUCAGUCCAGCUUGGAUGCUACAGUACGUUCUUGUGAAGGACCUACAGAAUGGGAACGGCUACUACUUCUUGGUAGAGGAAUGGCUAUCGGUGGACAAUGACCGGACGGAUGGCAGGGUGGAGAUCGAGGUGGAGGCAGCCUCUGAGGCAAACCUCCAUCACCUGCCACGACGCCUCACCUGGGAACUGCAACGAGCCGUGUCCGAUGGCCACAUCUGGCUGUCACUGUUCGAUCGCCCCCUACGCAGCCCUUUCACUCGCCUGCAGAGGGCAACAUGCUGUACCUUACUUGUUCAUCUCAUCCUGUUGGCCAACGCAGUGUGGUACACCUUAGUGACCAACAGGAACCUGAGUGACAGGAAAUGGAGUUUCAUCACGAUGUCCCAGCAGACCACCGGUCAUGGGGAGGCCUUGCUGAUAGGGCUUGAGAGCUGCCUGGCUGUGUACCCCCUCUACCUACUGGUACUCUGGGUUUUCAGGGCAGCCCGUGGCAAGGUGGUACUGAAGCAGGUACCUCCUCAGGUGGACCAAGCGUCCCUGGAGAUUGAUGAUUUUCUGGAUAACUCCCUGGUGGGCAGCUCCUUUCUGAUCCUGAAUGGACUUCCAGGGGAGACCUACUCAGAGGAGACCAAUGUGGACCUUCCCACUCUUUCUUCAAAGAGCAGCCUACACAGGUGGGGUCUGCAGGAGAGGGAGAGGAUGUGCCACUGGUCUGAGCUGAUUGGCAGCCCCGCUGUGGUGGGUGAAGCUCUGCCCAAGCUGAAGAGGGGUCAAGGCAGCCGACACCUCGGGGUGGACAUGGCCCUGGUCCCGGAGGAGGAGGAGGAGGCAGGGGGCUACGUCCACAGGAACAAGUACUUCACCUCUUCAGAUGAGGACCUCAUCAAGCGCAUCCUGGCUGAUGGGCAGCUCCAGGUGUCCCGUCUGUGUGAGCCUCAGCAGUUCUUUGCUCAGACGGACAGUGAGAUGGCUGACCUAUCCAGCAUUUUUGGGGACAAGACAGAAGUAAUCCUUCUACAGAAGAUGAACGAGCCUUUGCCCCCUGGGGUUGUGCGGAGGGAGCCCCCCAAAACCGCUUUCACGUCCCCCUUCACAAUAACGGAUGUAUGCCGCCAUCAGCGGUUGCCCGCUUGGUGUGGCCGGGCAGCUCUGCUGGGCAGCUGGGCAGCACUGGCACUGUCAGGGGGCCUGGCCACAUGGCUGGGCCUGAGCUUCAGUGACCAGGUGGCCCUCAUGUGGGUCAUCACAGUCAUGGGCAGCCUCCUGGCCUCCUCCCUCAUCCUGGAGCCACUGAAGGUGCUGGUGGAGGGCCUGUACUAUGCCCUGGUGGUGCGUAGGCUGCGUCCAGAAGAGCACGACAUCCUCAUGGAGAGCCCCCGCGUGGAGCCCGUCAGCCAGCGAAUCCCCCGUGUCAGACCCCCCCAGGGCUUCGCUCUCUUCCAGGCCCGAGAAGAAGCCCGCAAGGUGCGGGUUCUGCACAGCACGCUGAAGAACUUCGUGUUCUACAUGCUCUUCCUGCUGGUGGUGCUGCUGCUCACUUACGGCAACUCCGGCAGGGACACUCUCCGCCCACAGCUGCGCACGCAACUGGAACUGCGACUGCACACUGCUGAGCUGGCCCGCAUCAGCAGGCCUGAGAACGUGUGGACCUGGCUCUCUGACUCCCUGCUCCCCUAUCUGCACAACGCCAAGACCCUCAUGUACGAGAGCGGCAGCGUGCUCCUGGGGGCCCCUCGCCUACGCCAGAUCCGGUCUCUCUCCGCAUGUCCACCAGCGGGGUGUGGGAACAACACGCUCGGCCUGGGGGGGGCCGGACAAGCCUUGGGGCCCAAUGGGACCUGGGUCUGGAGCACUGCAGAUGAUGUUGGGGUGUGGCACUGGGGUCAUAUGUCCACCUACACUGGCGGUGGCUAUGUUCAGGGGCUGCGGACAUCACUGGAGGAAUCAAAAGCUGUAGUGGACCUCCUUCAGGCACAGCAGUGGCUGGACCCCCUGAGCCAGGCACUCUUUGUUGAAUUCUCCCUUUAUAAUACCAACACGGACCUGCUGGCGGUGGUCAUCUUCCUGCUGGAGUUUCCCGUGCAACAGGGGGCAUUAUCCAGCCUGGAUGUCCAGACCUGCCACAUACAGGGGCUCCGCAGCGGUCUGACUCUCCCGCUGUUGCUCACGGCUUUCCUGCUGCUGUUCGUGCUUUACUUCUGCAUUCACCAGUGUGCUGUGGUCCGCCGGGAGGGGCGUAGCUACUUCCUGCGGCCAUGGAACGUGGUGGGUCUGUGCAGCCUGUCGCUGUGCCUGGCUGCCGUGGCCCUGCAGCUUAGCCGGGCCGCACUGUCUGACCGGCUGUGGGACUCCUUCCGGCAGCGUCGUGGAGCCUAUACCAACUUCUACUCGUUAGCUUUUCAAAACCAAGCCUUCACCCAGGUCUGCUCCCUGCUGCUCUUCGUACUGGUGCUGAAGGCCUCCCACCAGUUGCGUUUCUUGCGCGAAUGGACGGUCUUUGGUAGGACCCUGCAGCGUUCAGCCUGGGAGCUGCUGGCCAUGGCCAUGGUCUUCCUAGUGUUACUGCUGGCAUACGCACAUGCUGGACACCUGCUAUUCCAUUCAUCCCAAGAGGGCCUUGAUGGUGUGGCCACAGCCUGCCUGUCCCUGCUGAGCAUGGGAUACAGCCUACCUCCGGCACACUCCGCCGACUACCUGGCGUACUGCUGGAGCUUUGCUGUGCUGCGCCUGGGCCUGCUGUGGCUUCUCGUGUCGGCGCUGCUGCGCGGCUACCGUCACGCACGUUCCGAGUUGUACCGGCCUGCUGUAGAACCACAGGCAUACGAGAUGGUGGACCUCUUCCUCCGGCGCCUCAAGAUGUGGAUGGGCCUCAGCAGAGCCAAGGAGUUUCGUCACAAGGUUCGCUUUGAGGGCAUGGACCUACCCCCUUCCCGAUCUUCCUCCACCAGUGACUGCAAGUCCCUCUGCCUGCCACCCCCAGACACCCCCGAGGCACCCCCCACCCCAGACAGCGUGGACGCCAACUCAGAGGCCUCAUGGCAGGCCGUCUCCUGUAGCCCUUGCAGCCUGGGGGAGGGUGGAGCAGGCGUGCCAGGUGGGGCAGCCUGGCGGGAGCGGGCUGAGGUGGAGGCCACUCUGAGGCGACUGCUGCCCGCAUUUGAUGCGCUGCUGCAACAGCUGGACCGGGUCACGCGGGCCACUGAGGAGCUAUACCGUGUUGAAUGCCAGCUCGAGCGAGCCCAGCGUCAGAGCUACACGCGAAAACGGAACCAGAACAGGGACCAGGGUGCGGACAGAAAGCGGGAUCGGUCCUCGAGGCAGCAGAGCCGGAGAGAUUCUGCUGGGCGGAAGAGUCACGGCAAGGGCUGUCAUAAGAGCCGGCUGUCUGAAGCUGGUCCCAACAGCUGCAGGCCAAAUCCGAACCUAGACCCCGCUUCUUCCACGCCUCGGCGUGAAUGGGAGAACCAGGCAGAGGGCGAGAUUGCCCCAUCCAGCCUAUUCCGGCACCCGGCACAUACCACUACCAUCCCCACACGCAAGCGUAGGCCCACGCCACUGAAGAACAAGGUGCACCCCAACAAAGAUGUACAUGUGUCGGGCCACCCCCGGCCCUGAGGCACCACCUCCCGGGAUGCAAAGAUUACAGGGAAUGCCCCGUCCUCGAGUCGUUUUGAGGACAUGAGGCUGCCGGGUGACAGCAGGCUUUGUCACCCAGGAGGUCCAGCAAGUCGCUGAACGGAGGGCAGCCAAGCACAGGUUUCAGGACUUUGGAAAGACAGACUUACAGGCAUCAGGUACAGGCAAUCACUCGAUCCGUCAUGCCCAGUAGGUGUUGAUGAACACCUGCCACCCGGUCAGCAUGGCAACAAGGUGCAGGUCGCCAACAUCACCCACAACGCCCCCCACCCCCCCUCCACAACACCCAUCUCACCAGCCCUGGAGGCUGGUUGAGGGAUCGACAAGGCAUGAAUCAUGCUUCAAGAGAAAAUGAGCGACAUAGAUGAUUAUUAAUUAGAAGUUUGUCCAGUGUGUUGCUGGUUGUGUGCGUUUAUAAGGAGACUGUGGGUAGACAGCAGUCGCAAUCUGUACAUACAUUCAGAAACAUGUAUUAUGCACUAACAGGAACUUUGCAGUACACUACGUAAGUACAGCUUUCCAGAGCUUGCCAUUGCUUCGCCUCAUGUUUACUUUAUCCAGUCAAGGCCUAUGUUUCGGCAGGGAGGUACCAAAGGUACGAAGCAGCUCUGGGUGGAGGGACGGGGCUGGGAGUGAAGACUAGGAAGGUGGAGGUUACAUCCUAGCAGGAACCACCUUAGUGUCUCACGCACACUAGCCUCCCAGUCUCCCAAACAGAGGCUCAGAAAAAUGCAGGAGCACGCCAACUGAGUGGGGGGGGGGGGGGCAAACUAAUGGGGCAGCAGGAGACUGGGUUCAGAAGCAUGGCAGUCUCACAGGAACUCCAGGCUGCCCUGGAGCCGCCCAUUCAGAGACACUGGCAGGCCCCGCGGCCAAAGGCACCAGCAUGCCGGUGUCUCGAAAGACGCUUCUCAGCUGAUCUUAAAGCACUUUCUAGUACGAUAAGCUUGGUACAGGUGCAGGCAAAGCUGUCAGGCCUAACAGCGCUCACACGUAACUGCACACCCAUCGUUACUUUUGUCCAGUUUAUGCCAAAGCUUGUCCGUCAGUUAACAGCCAGAAAAGUCCUUAAGUUAAUUUUUUUUUUUACCUUGCACUUUAUUUGUAUGUGAAGCUGUUAUGAUGCCAUAUAUUAUCAGUUUAUGUCGAUUUAAAGAAAAACCUAUACAGAGUUAUCCUUCUUUUGUAUUAUUCAUGAAGUGCUUCAGGAUAUUUGACGACUUCCACUUGUUUUUUUCCUCUUCGUUCUGUGUUUAACGGAAUGCUAACCGCCAGCGUGCUUCUAUUCCCAGGAAUGUUUACUGUCACUGUUUUUCUCAGGGACCCUAACCCCCCCACGCCCCCUCCCAAAUCGAGGGAUUUGUUUUGAUUUGUAACCAAAGAAUGACGGCGUAUUUUUCGUUAAGCAUGGGAGUAGACAUCAAAUGUUCUCAUCGUGUCCAUGUCCCAGGCUGCAGUGGAUCAUUUUGUCCGGACCCUUUGUCAGAAUAUCGCCCAGCACAAGCCCCACCCCCCAGCCAGCUGUGCCCCAAACAGCCAGUGGGGGGCAGCACUUGUAAUUAGCUUUUCCUCUGCUUUAUGUCACUGAAGCAGUCACAAUCAUUGUAUCUAAUUAUUUUUUAUUACAGCUAAGUUAACUUUUUUUUAGCCCAAUGUAAAUAUGUACAUAUUGUGGAUUGCUGUAAAUAUUUAUUUUUCUUACAUUGGCUAUAAGGUCGCAGCACUGAUUUCAGUAUCGUUCUUGGGACAGCAUGGGGCUGCUUCCAUGGCAACAUGCGCUAACGGAAAGCCUUUUCUUUACUGGAGACGUUCAGUGCCACGUGGACGGAGGUCCUCUCACUGCGACCCACAGACCUGUACCUCUGGAAGCCCACAAGCCAUUACACACAUCAUCCCUUAUAGCACUUGUCCUAGUAUUUGGUACUGAAGAACGUCAUGGGCCCAAAUGGUACAGCACCGUGGUUCCAAUGGCCACAUUGUUCCGUUUGUACUUUCAUAUGAUGCUUAAUCAGUGCAUAUAAAAUGUAUGUAUCAGGGAGUUAAAGGGAAGAGAAGGCCUGUCCUGAAAGCCUCAAUGAACACAUCGCCCCCCGCAGGUGGAGAUGGGCGCCACACCCGCCCUACAAGGCACACCUGCUGUCGUCAAAGUGCAGACCAGGAACACACACCCCCCCGUUACACCGUCCAAUAAGAUUGUGCCAAAGCCCACAUGCAUGCUGCAUGUCCAGCAUUUAAAGUCCGCUGUUACGCGUUUCCUCUGUUUUAAGUCCUUUUGUCUGUAACACUCCUCAUGCUCCUGCACUUGACAAAGUCAAAUAAAGAGUUUGACAGCUA